AUGAAUGCAGACAAUGAGGAGACCCUGGACUCUGUAAUGGACGUCAACUUCGACUAUAUGUACAAGAUAUUGAUGGUUGGUAACUCGGGCGUAGGGAAAACUGCUUACGUAUCGAGAUAUUGUGAUGACCACUUUAAUCCAGCGUUUAUUUCGACAGUAGGAAUUGAUUUCAGAGUCAAGAGUAUGAUCAGAAAUGAUAAACACAUCAAGUUGCAAAUAUGGGACACUGCAGGUCAAGAGCGAUAUCAAGCCAUUACAACAGCUUAUUAUCAUGGAGCUAUGGGGUUUAUAGUAAUGUUUGAUCUGACGAAUGAGGAGACAUUUGCUGCUUGUAGAAUGUGGAUACAACAAAUAAAAGAGAUGUCUUUGGAGAGUGUAGUCAUUCUAUUGGUUGGUAACAAAGUAGAUCUAACACAACAGAGAGUUGUAGACAAUGAAGACGCAAAAGAAUUUGCAUCAAAUUUGGGUAUACAUUAUUUUGAAACAAGUGCUAAAGAUAACACAAAUAUCAAAGAGAGUGCAGAGUAUUUAGUUGACGCCAUUACUGAAAAAAUGUCGGAAACAAUCAGGAACAAUCCAAACUUCACUCCUCGUGGAAUGAAACCAAGAGAAGCUAAUUAUACAGAAGAGAAGUCAUCAACGUGUCCAUGUUAA